AUGACACAACACCAAACCAAAGGACUUUUUCGAGUUCAUCAUCAUUCAAAUGUCAUUUCUGUCUUGACACAAGUAUUGUUACAUUUAGAUCCAAUCAUGAAUAGAUACAAUAAUUAUAACAUUAAUUCACAUUCGUCUAAAAUAGAAAGUGAAAUGUUGCAAGCUUUUGAUUCAAUUGGAAGAAAAGUGUGGAAUAAUCAAGAAUUGGAAAUUGAUAUUUCGGAAUUUUAUUCUUUUUUCUCAUUGGAAACUUGGGACAAAUUUAUUGAUCUUGAAGAAAUGUUUCAAUUUACAAUAACAAAUUGUAAACUAUUGAAUCAAUACUUUAAUACAACUGAGAAACGAACAACCACUUUUGAAAUUUGUCCUACCUGCCAAAUAGAUUAUGGAAAGAAGGAGAAUAUUUCAAAUUAUUGUACAUUUAUCUAUUCGAAAGAUAAAUGGAAACAAUUUAGAGAAACUAAUGAGAUUUAUCAAGAUCCAAUUCCAUUCAUAAAGGGAUACCACUGUACAAGUUGUUAUUCAUUCCUUGAGAUUAUGCUGAAAUCGACUAUAAUUGAAGCUCCUGAAAUAUUGCUCUUGAAAUUACACUCUUCAAUUGAGAAUAACUAUUUUUUAUACGAAUUUAAUGUCCAUGAACAUGUUAAAUUAUUAGUAGACGAAUCGAUUGACAAUUCACAUCAUCAGGAAUAUGAGCUAGUUGCCGUAGUUGACUAUUAUAGAGAAAGAGGAAUUUAUGGAGGAUUUUUCAAAAAUCCAAUGAAUAGAAGGUGGUAUCAAAUGAAUGCUCAUUCCAUUGAUGACUUCCCCAAACUGGUUGAAGAUUUGAGUUGUAUCAAUUCAACCUCAAAUUUUAUUCUAUUCUUCCAGAAAACAGUGGAAAGGAAACCAAUUUAUUGGAAAUCUGUGUUAUCCAAUCGAUUUGUAUACUGGGACGUUUCAUUUAGCUUCACUGAAUAG